AUGAACACCAAACCCAACCAGCUCGCCAAGACAGUCCACCUCUCCACGGGUGCCACCACCGCCAACCACCCCAAGCCCUGUCCCUGGUCCCGAUGCCCCGAUGCUAUCCUGCAGGCCGUCGCCGCCCGCCUGGCCAACAGGGCCGACAUUAGCCGGCUCGCGCGCGCCAGCCGCCAGUGCCACCGCGCCGCCAACCCCGUCCUCUACGCCUUCGACCUGCGCGACGACAACAGCCGCGCCUCGGCCCUGCUCUGGGCCUGCUGCCUGUCCAAGGCGGACACGGCGCGCAUGGCGCUGGCCGCCGGCGCGGACCCCAACGCCGAGUGGCCGCCCAGCCUGUGGCAGAUGCUGGAGAGGCACGCCCCCAGGUUCGAUCCCGCCCGGGGUGCGUCAACCAGGAAUGCGCUGUACGUUGUCGCUUCGCUCGGCGACGUGGACAUGGCGAGACUUUUAAUCGAGGCCGGCGGGGUAGACUUUAGUAAGCCCGUGCAGUAUCCCGCAGAGGCCGCGCGGGGUUGCGUCGGCCAGCCGGUGCGAUACGAAGACCCUCCCCUCUUCUCCGCCAUAUCCAUGGACUGCGCCGAGCUGCUUCACUUUUUCCUGCAGACAUACGGCGACGACGUCCGGGAUCUCUCCGGCAGCACAAUGCUCACCCGCGCGGUACGCGAGCAGCGUCCGGCGGCCCUCCGGACGAUACUGCGGAACGAAGACUGCUCCGACCCGCUCGGCGCCGGGGACGUCAACGGCCUCAUCCAGGCCGUCUACAAGGGCGACGCCGGGCUGGUGCGCCUCAUCCUCGCCAAGAGCCGGUCCGACCCCAACGUGAUCCGGCGCCGGCACGACGACAGCCGGUGCCACGGCGGGAUCCACGGGCAGACGCCGCUCGUGGUGGCCGUGUGCCACGGCCACGAGGACGUCGUGCGCGUGCUGUGCGCCGACCCGCGCGUCGACAUCAACCUCGCGGGGCCCAACCACCGCGCGCCCGUCUUCUACGCGCUGACGCAGCACCACUGGGGUCUCGUCGACGUGCUGCUCGGCCACGGCGCCGCCUACGACGCCGAGCUCGCGUUUGAGUUGGCCUGCCUCCACCGCCAGCGGGACUGGAUGGUGCGCCUGGUUCGCGCCACGACGUUUGACGAAACUCGCCUCGAGUACUGGUACAAGAUGGGUCGGUCGCUGCUGCGCGAGAGCGCCGCGCACUGGUCCGAGGUCGAGCUCGAGCUGGACAAGAAGAGGGCCGUCUUUGCCAAGAACUGGCGACGGGACACCGCACUUCCUUGGAUCCUGCUGGAGGCCGGAUCCAGGAUCGACUACGCGCCCUGCCCUGGAUUCCCGCCCAUCAUUGUCGCCGUGCUGUCGGGCAGGUGUCGAAUGACCAAAUUUCUCAUUGAGAAAGGGGCCAAACUAAAUGUCUGGACCCCGGAUGGGGACGGUCCGUUGGCUGCGGCAGUUUAUGUCAACAGUGCCGAGUGUGUUGAGGCGUUGCUUGCCGUUCUCGAAGACGCGGAUGAAAAAGACGCCAUCGAAGACAUUAAUGAAGAAGAGUCCAGUCGACCGACGGCCCUCAUACGUGCCGCCGGCGGCAACCACGAGGGCUUCGUACGCCGACUUCUUGGACGCGCCGAAGUCAAUCCAAACAGAAUGUGGAUUCGGGACGAAGGCCCAUGGCUCACGCCUCUCACGGUGGCUUGCAUCAUGGACUCCGUGGCGUGUGUUCAGCUUUUGUGUCAAGAUGGACGAACUGACCUCAAAAGGAUGGACUCGUAUACCGCAACCGCGCUGUUGACAGCUGUCCGAAAGGCAAGCUGGGAUGUUGCUUUUUACCUUCUCGGGCUGGAACGCUUGCGCCAGCAUAGGUGGCGUGAAGUCGGCGAGUUCCUCUUUAGUCUCAGCCCUGGCUACCGUUACGACGCUCGAGCAGUGGAAUUCGCCACGGAACUGAUUCGGAGGGUGCACAUGACAGACGAGAUUGCUACAAGCUGGAAGCAGAUAGCGACUGGAUCUGGAAAUCGCCACAUUGUCAAGCUUAUUGACUUGGAGCUGGCUCGAAAGCUAAUGAUACCGCCGUGCAGUGCAGAACGAUUCCAGCCACUGAUGCACAUGUACAAAGAGUAG